UCGAUAAGAUUACUGUUGGAAAAAAGUAAGAAUUUUGCAAAAGGAAAGGAGAAUGUGAAUUCUAAUGUAGAUGAUCCAGACUAUGUGCCUGAUAAAAAAAAUUGUGACCUUGAGGAGUUUGAGAAGUCUAGAGAGAGAGAUGUUUUAAUUGAAGCAGCAACCUCUAUACCUAAGAAGAAGGCAAGAACUAGAGAGCAACCACCUAGGAAGAAUAAGAAGCAGCCAUUGUGCCCAUAUAUGGCAAUGGACGAUUUCCUUGUUACGCAAAAUCAAAUGGAUCCAGUUGAAGUACAACAAAUAGAGAAAGAUGUACAACAAUUGGAGCAAGUUCGACAACAUUCUAAGCGUCCACUUUCGACCAUUGUCCCACUAGAAAGCCGAGGAGAAUCUAUUUUCGCACAAGUUCCUAACAAGAAAGGGCGAGGUCCAACAAAUUUGUUUGAUGUCCAUGCUCGCAAGUGGGAAGAUCGCGUAACUAUAUAUUGUAAUGACAAAGGACAACCUAUUGGGCCUGAAAAGGCAAGGAAAGAGCUAACUAGAUUCUUAGGAACUAUUGCUCAUGAUUACAAUUGGGCUCCCUUGACAUACACAAAUUGGAAAAAAGUUCCAAAUAAGGAGAAAAUUUGGGAAUUUGUGAAUACCAAGUACAUACUUCAUGUUGAAGCUAAGGAUUGGGUAAUGGAGACUCUUGAUCAAUCUUGGAGAGGAUUCAAAUGUCGCCUCAAAAGAGAUCAUUAUUAUAUGUAUGACACCUAUGAAGAGAGAUUGAAGCAUCCUCCUGAAAGAGUGCCCGAAGCACAUUACAAAACACUUUUAGCUUAUUCGGGGACAACAAUAGCAAAGAAAACCAGUUUGCAAAAUUUUGAAAAUCGGCGUGAACAAGACAACAUACAUACAAAUGGUCUCAUUUCCUUUUCCAUGAAACAUGAGCAGUUGCUACAGAAAGAUGGUGUGGCACAUCAAAAAGAAGAAUGUUUGAAGAGAAUCGACGACGAAAGGAGGGAAGAACUUAUGAUCGGCCUUAUGAUGAUACACAACAGAAGAUACAAGCAAUGAGGGAAUUGGAAGCUUCUCAAGAUGAUCAGAGUGGUGAAUCUAUUAAGGACCCAUUUGAUGAAGUUAUGGGAAAUGCACGUCGAGGUACAUAAUUAUUACAAGGACUUGGUGCCACUCGUAAGAAGCGAAAAGAUAAAGGACCUAGUACCUCUUUGAUUCUACCAGAAGAGGUCAUGGAGUCUAUCAAAAGUGUUGUAACUGCUGAUGUUCAAAAGGAUAUAAAUGCUGAAAUUGAAGAAUUUGCCAAGGAAAAAGAAGUUCAUGCUGCACAAGUUGCUGCACAAGAAGCUGAAAUAGAAAGGAAAACAAAGGAGCUUGAAUCUGAGACCUUAAAACUGCAAGAGAUACGCAUGGAUAUUGAAAAUCAACAAGGAAAUAUAACUCUUGAUGCAGUAAUAUCGGCACUUGCACAACUACGCCAAAAAGAUCCUAGCUUAACUCCAGAAUUUAUUGCAAAAGCUUUGUUUCAACGACUACAAAUGAUCCAUAAACUAUAUUAUUUAAGAUUAUGAACAGGAGGCUAUUCAUAUCCAAGUAUCAAGUGCUCCAUCAAACAUCUAAAGAUCUAUUGGAAUUUGAGCAAAAACAUUAGAUUGGUUUUUGAAUUUGGUUUUGGAUUUUUUUAUUAGAUUAAUGUAUGAAAUAUUUAGAUUGAACGUUUUUGUUGUUUGUAAUAAAUAUUUAGCUUAUCGUUUAGAAUUGAUUUGAAUUAAUUACAUAUAAAUUUUUAUGGAGAACUUAUACUAAGCAAAAGUUUAUCGAUCAU